AUGGAGGGGAUACGUGUGUUCAUACCGGACGAGAAGCUUGUGUGGGUGCCAGCCACAGUUCAUUCGGUGGAUGCGACAGGAAAAGUCUAUCGCGUGUAUGUGCAGCCUCUGCCUGACAUCUCGGAUGUGUCCACCAGAUUUGACCAGGAUAUGCCCGCCGAGAUACGCGUAAUUGACUUGAACAAAGAUGGCAUGCCUGACUCAUUACCGUUGCAGAACAUUUUGGCUCCGAGUGAUAAGAUGACCAAACAUAGCGUUGGUGCUGAAGACAUGUGCAAACUAGGUCAUCUACACGAGCCUGCAAUUGUUUACAAUAUUCGGGAACGCUUUUACGCUAGAGAACCGUACACAUAUACAGGCAAAAUCGUGGUUGCAGUCAACCCGUACCAAUGGAUUAAAGAGCAUUAUUCUGAGGAGCUCCGAGAUCUUUAUACGAAGCGUCCAUGGGACGAGAUGCCACCACACGUAUACGCGACCAGCGCCGAUGCGUAUCACCAGAUGAAGAUGCAUCGUAUUCCUCAAAGUAUUCUCGUCAGUGGAGAGUCUGGCGCGGGCAAGACUGAGACUGUUAAGAUUAUGAUGGAACACCUUGCCAGUAUUUCCAUGAAUAUCGCCAAUAGGCUACAUCCCGGCGAAAGUGGAGAGUCUAUUGUUGUCCAAAAGGUGCUGAAAAGCAAUCCUUUGUUGGAAGCUUUUGGUAACGCUAAGACUAUUCGCAAUGAUAACUCUAGCCGGUUUGGAAAGUAUACACAGUUGCAAUUUAACAGCGAAAAUUGUCUUGUUGGAGCUGAAUGUCGUCACUAUUUACUUGAAAAGUCACGCGUCGUGGCACAGGCUGCUGGCGAACGCAAUUAUCACAUAUUCUACCAGCUUGUUAGUGCCAGAGAGCGUCAUUUUGGCUUUCAUGAUGGCACCUCGGCCUUAGAAUUUCGCUACUUACAGAAUGAGAAUCUCAUACUGGAUGGCAUGACUGAUCUUGAACGAUACCAAGUAACACGCGAUGCUUUGUCUACUAUUGGCCUCAGUGAUGUGGAACAAAAUGAACUCUUCAGUGCUUUGUGUGGUAUCUUGCGUCUUGGUCAGCUCGACUUUGUGCCGCUAGAAUCAAACAAAGACGAUGCUAGCCAAGCCGUCGCCUCUUUAAACAAUUCAUCACUUUAUGGGUCCAUCACCUCUGAACAGAUUAAGCAGCAGAAGAAAGAGAUCGAGCAAUGCGCGAAGCUUCUUGGUGUAGAAGAGGCUGCACUAAGCAAGCAGCUAUGCAGUCGUACAGUCAAAGCACGACAAGAAGUAUACUGCGUUCCACUUUCUGCCAACCAAGCAGGCAAUAAUCGAGAUGCUUUAGCAAAAGAGAUUUAUGCACGCGUGUUUGCUUAUCUAGUGCGAAGAGUCAAUUACAGUAUUUCCAAUACGGCUGACAAGAAAGGAUCCACGCCGUCGUACUUGCACAUCGAUUUGCUAGACAUUUUCGGAUUUGAAUCCUUUGAACACAACAGCUUCGAGCAAUUUUGCAUCAACUUUGCAAACGAAAAACUGCAGCAGAAGUUUACGCUGGACGUAUUUAAAACGGUCCAGGAAGAAUACCAGCAAGAAGGUGUAGGAUGGGAGUUCGUCAAAUAUCAAGACAAUCAAGAUAUGUUAGAUUUGCUGGAAAACUCGAUGGGUGUCAUGGCAUUGCUCAAUGAAGAAUGCGUGCGUCCAAUGGGCAGCGAUAUAUCUUUCGUGUCGAAGCUGGUUUCAAUUCGAGAGUCCCAUCCGCGUUUCGAAAGAGUUCGUCUGAGUCAAACGCAUUUUCUACUACACCAUUAUGCAGGUCCUGUCACGUACGAUGCAGAGGGGUUUGUCGAGAAAAACAAAGACUCACUCCAAACCGAUUUAUUUGAGCUAUUAGGCACGAGUUCAAAUAGCUUAAUGUCGAUGGUUUUCGGUAAUGACUGCAAUGCAGCAUUUAUGACGGACGCAGACUUGGCUGUUCAUGCUGCCACAAUGAUGGAAUCUAGUAGACGCAGUACUUUGAGUCGAAAGACAUCUACAUUUAUGCAAGAAACUGUUAGUUACAAGUUCAAGGCACAGCUAUCACUACUGAUGAGCGAUAUUUCCAGCACAGAUGUGCACUACAUACGUUGUAUAAAGCCCAACUCCCGAAAGAGCCCAAAUAUUUACGAAAUAGAUGCAGUGGUGAACCAACUCCGUUGUGCUGGUGUCGUUGAAGCGAUUCGUAUCACACGUACAGCGUUUCCGAAUAAGAUGGCACACGAGAAAUUCUUGCGUCGUUUUGUUAUGAUGAAAAGCAAGAAGGAUAUUGCCACUACAAAGGAGUCGACGACUGUUUUCGAGGCAUGUGAGCAGCUUGUUGAGGAACUAAUCAGUAAAAAUCUAGAUCUAUGGGCGCAACAAGGAAGUGAGCUCGUCACAAGACCAAAUUUUGUGGUUGGUAAAAGCCUUGUCUACUUUGGAAAGAAUGUGUUGGAGUUUCUUGAGCAAAGACGCACGAUUUUCAUGCACGACCGUGCAGUAUUAAUCCAGCAUGCUGCACGUCGGUGGGUGGCACGUCGACGGUUAAGAAAGAUUCGCACUAUAAUUGCGAAACUACAAGCACUCCAGCGAUGCCGAAUACUUCGAAAAUCCUUUACAGAGAAACGAAGAAAGUGUAUCAUCGUGCAAAGCUUGUGGCGUGGAGUUCGUUCGCGCCAACGUGUGUACCUGUUGACAAAAGAUAAAUGUGCAAUUAAGGUUCAAACUGCGUACCGCAAGCAUCUAUCUGGAAAGAGGUACGCCACUUUCCGCAGUGCUGUGAUUAAAAUUCAGUCAAAUUUUAAGAUGAAAAAGCAAGUGAGCAAGUACCACACGCUUUUGUCUGAGCGAAAGGAGCAGGAUGCAAUGGAGACCCAGGUUGAACGUCUUAAACAUCGUUUGGAAGACGAAAAACGUGCUCGUAAGGAAAUUGAAGCAGAGAAAGCGUCCUUAGAGCAGGAAUUGUAUGACGUUCGAAAUUCGUCUGGUCGUAGUGCGAGCAACAGCGUUCAGGAAAAUGAACGUCCUUCUCAACACUCAAACAAAGGGCGAACUAGCAGAAAAGAGCGUGAGUCAAUGGAGGACGGCAAGUUGCUAGACGACUCAGAGCGCAUGAUCGAUUACUUGCAGAAAGAAGUGACCAAGGGCCGUGAAUUUAUUCAAAUUCUGUCUCAGGAAAAUGAAAACCUCAAGGCUGAAAAUAAAAAGAUAAAAGAUGCGUACACGGCUGCUGGUGCAUCAUUCGCUGCGCUCAACCAGCACAAUAAGCAACAAUCAAAAGCGAAUCUGCGCCUCAUGAGCACACACGCUGCUUUAAUUAAGUCGCAAGAUGAAAAGAUGAAAAAGCUUAAAAAACAGGUGGUCGAGUUAAAAGAAGAUUUACGAAUGCAGCGCUCGGUUUACUCGGCAGAGCUUAAAGCUCGAGUUCAGCAACAAGAUUUGCUUAUUGAAAUCCUUAAUCUUGCGGAAGCUGAUGGAGUCUCAAAUGAUUUGCUUGAGCGUAUGCGUGCAUUGGCAAUCGAUUCAAAGUCGACUUUCGAUAAUGGAAGUUCAAGCAACGAGUUUAUCAGUCGUCGAUCUUCUGUUGCAAGUAAGUCGACAAGAGUAAGUGAGCACCAUCAACAGUCGUUCGAUGUGGCUUCUGUUUCAGUGUCCAUCGGCUCGGAUCCGUCUCGUACUGAACGCCGAACGAUUUCAGACUCGAUAAAUAAAAACUCGAUUACUCGAGGAAACUCGCCUCAAGCGGAAAGCAUGAGUCCUACUGACAGCAAUUUGAAUGGUGACGACGGUCACCGCAAGUCACGUAUUGGUGGCAUGUUCAAAAAAAUGUUCAAAAAAGAGGAAUCGGCAACGAACAGUUUUUAA